AUGACCCCCUUGGGUGCCCCCACGACCCCCAAUACCUCCCUGUGGCACCCCAGGACCCCUCCCAUUUCCACCCCCAGUGCCUCCCAGGUCUCCCCAGACCCUCCAGUGCCUCCCAGUUCAUCCCAGUGCAGCCCCUGUCCUUGCACGCGCACGGUGUCACACGAGCCCCAGGGCCUCGCACACGCGCCAGGGCUUGCGCGGGAACACGAGCCCCAGACGUCGCACGGGCGUUUGCACAAGUUGCAAACUUUGGACGUGCCUUUGCACGAGCUCCAGCAUUGCGCGUGCAUUUGCACGAGCCUGAGCGUCGCACAGGCGUUUGCACAAGCUGCAAACUUUCAACACGUGUUUGCACAAACCCCAAAUGUUGCACGUGCCUUUGCACGAGCCCCAGCAUUGCAUGUGCAUUUGCACGGCCCUCAGCAUCACACACAUGUAUUUGCACAAGCUGCAAAAUUUCCACGGGCAUUUGUACGAGCCCCAAACAUUGCACGCGCCUUUGCAGGAGCCCCAGCAUUGCACAGGGAUUUGCACAAGCUGCAAACUUUGCACGAGCUCCAAGUAUUGCACGUGCAUUUGCACGAGCCCCAAACUUUGCACGUGCCUUUGCAUGAGCUCCAAGUAUUGCACGUGCAUUUGCACAGCCCUCAGCAUUGCACACGUAUUUGCACAGGCUGCAAACUUCGCACAGGUAUUUGCACGAGCCCCAAAUGUCACACGGGUGUUUGCACGAGCCCCAAACUUUGCACGUGCCUUUGCACGAGCCCCAGCGUUGCACAGGUGUUCGCACAAGCUGCAAACUUUGCAGCAACAUUUGCACGAGCCCCCAGCACUGCACAAGCGCUUGCACGAGCCCCAAAUGUCGCACACGUGUUUGCACAAGCCCCAAACUUUUCACAGACAUUGGCGCGAGCCCCCAGCAUUGCACAGGCGUUUGCACGAGCCCCAAGCUUUGCACGGACAUUUGCACGAGCGCCAGAUGUUGCGCGUCCAUUUGCACAAGCCCCAGCACUGCACAAGGGUUUGCACAAGCCCCGAACGUUGCACGUGCCUUUGCACGACCCCCAGACGUUGCACAAGCGUUUGCACAAGCCCCCACCAUUACCCAACCCUCCCCCCCCAGGGGAGGGCAGGGGUCGGGGGCGGGACCAGCCCCAUUAA